AUGACAGACCGCGCUGGGCGGCGUGUCGUCGGUGCUGAGGCGAGCACACGCGGGGGAGCUCGUACGCAGCGGGCAAGUCCGAAUCGUCUCUGCUGCUGUGGCUGGCCGUCGCAGCUGGGCUUCGAACAGACGCUGCGUCGCUUUAAGGUGGUGGCGCUGGGCGACGUCGCCGACGGCAGCGCGCGGUCACGGCAUCAAAGCCGGAACGACGAGAACUACUCGCCGAGCGUGCGCAACGCGACGGCGACGAUCAAGCACGCAGUGGCGAAAUUCAAUCGACCUGCGCUUCGUAAAAGCUUCAACUUGACUAUCAUUGUCGGCACCUGUCCGCCACAAGUAGCUACCUACCAGCGAGCCAUCAAGGUGACCGUGGACGGACCGAGAGAGUCUCGUAACAAGCUACGUGAGUGGGAACUUGAGUUAGGCGCCUGA